CGUGGACCAUCUUAGGUGGUACUUCACUGCUUCCCAAAGGAAACCAGGUAUCCCUAGUCUGUAAGCCCAGACUUUCCCUUCCAUACGCCAGUAAGUGUUAGUCCAGAGUCCAUACUCCAGAGAAUCCCAUGCUUAAAGCCCAAAUGAGUUGUUGAUGACGGAGAUCUCAGAAAGCUGUCCACAGAAACCCAACCCUUCUUUUUCAUUAUAGUUCAUGUCAACAACCUCACAGUCUUUAGAUCUUCUGUAGAGAGAGAUGAUGUUGCAGAGAGCUGCAAGCAAUGCAUAUUCAUGGUGGUGGGCGAGCCACAUCAGGACAAAGCAGUCAAAAUGGCUCGAACAGAACCUUCAAGAUAUGGAGGAGAAGGUGAAAUACAUUGUUAAACUCAUCGAAGAGGAUGGAGACUCUUUUGCAAAGAGGGCAGAGAUGUAUUACAGAAAGAGACCUGAACUCAUAAAAUUUGUGGAAGAAUCUUAUCGGGCAUACAGAGCCUUAGCUGAGAGGUAUGACCACAUAUCUGGAGAGCUGCAAAAUGCCAACAACACUAUUGCAACUGUUUUUCCUGAGCAAGUUCAGUUUGCAAUGGAUGAAGAAGAUGAGGAUGAAUAUCUGAAAAUAUCCAAUUCAUCACUAAAUCCCACUAAACUACCCAUGGAUUUACCUGAAGCCCCAAAACCAAAUAUUCCAAAGGUUCCUAUGAUUCCAAAGAAAGAGCAAAACAGCCCACCCACAUUGCUUGCAAAGAAAUCACAGCCUAAGAAGACAACUGCAUCUACUACUAUCACUAGUAGUCCUCGAAUGAGCAAAGCUGAGGCACUAGAAGAAGUGGAUAGACUCCAAAAAGGAAUCUUGGCCCUACAGACUGAGAAAGAGUUCUUUAAGAGCUCAUAUGAGAGAAGUCAUACCAAGUAUUGGGAAAUUGAGAAGCAGAUAACAGAGAUGCAGGAGGAGAUUUGUAGCUUACAAGAUGAAUUUAAUAUUGGAACAGUCAUUGAGGAUGAUGAGGCUCGAACUCUGAUGGCUGCUACAGCUCUGAAAUCAUGCCAGGAGACCUUGAUCCAGUUGCAGGAGAAACAAGAGCGAUCAGCUGAAGAAGCAAAAAUAGAAUGCCAACGGGUCAAGGAUGCCCAUGAAAAGUUGAAAACCCUCAGGUGUGAAUUUCUCGGUGAUCAGAUUGACCAGAAAAUACUUUCUGAUGAAAAAGAAUCUAUUAGUUUAAAUCCAAACCUGAACUUGGCGCAAGAAGAAAUCAGUUUGAAACAGGAUAGGCUUGAAUUGGGGUCAAUAUGUAACAAGAUCAUGGACCAUUUUGAGGUGAAACCUGGUACAUCCCUCACUAUGUCAGAAUUGGUAGAAAAGAUUGAUGAACUGGCAAAUAAAGUCAUCAACUUGGAAGUUGCAGUUUCAUGUCAGACUGCUUUGAUCAUGAGAUUAAAGUCAGAAACUGAUGAACUUCAGGCACAUCUCAGGACCUUGGAAGAGGAUAAGUCUACUCUGAUCAAAGGUUCAAAUAAUUUGAUAGACAGACUAAGAGAAUUGGAUUCCCAGUUGCAAGGAAUACGGGAUCUCAACCGGAAUGUUGAAGACCAAAACAACAACCUCAAGAAACAUUUUACUGAGUUACACUGUGACCUCAAUCAUCUUUCUAAAAAGCUGCAGAGUGUGAAGCCUGACGAGGAGGUUGAAAUGGCUAGUUCGUUCAAAGAAGUUGGAACUUUUCCCAAUGAUCAAUCAACUAAAAGCUUGGAAGAACAAGAAAAAGUUGUAACUCCUGCUCAUGGUUUGAUCAAUUUAGGGAACAGGAUGGAAGUGGAAGAGAUGAAAGAUGAGGUUCAAAAUUCCAGUCACCAAGAUGAAGAUGUAGUUCAACCAAAUUUGAUCACCAUCACUAGUGAUAUUUCAGAAAAACAUAGUGAUGAAAAAGAGCAGGGCAAAGUUGAGAAGCAGGACCCAUCACAAACAGAAAACAUUGUUGUCAAUGUUGAAUCACAAGAAGGGGACAUUCGGCAUGAUGAUCAACCAAACUGUCAGCAGUUGAAAAGGGUCAUUGAACAAAGUGUGAAGCCUGACGAGGAAGUUGAAAUGACUAGUUCAUUCAAAGAAGUAGGCACUUUUCCCAAUGACCAAUCAACCAAAAGCUUGGAAGAACAAGAAAAAGUUGUAAUUCCUGCUCAUGGUUUGGUCAAUCUACAGAACAGGAUGGAAGUGGAAGAGAAGAAAGAUGGGGUUCAAAAUUCCAGUUACCAAGAUGAGUAUGUAGUUCAACCAAAGUUGAACACCAUCACUAGUGAUAUUUUAGAAAAACAUAGUGAUGAAAAAGAACAGGGCAAAGUUGAGAAGAAGGAUCCAUCCCAAGCAGAAGAUAUUGUUGUUGAUGUUAAAUCACAAGAAGGCAGCAUUCAGCAUGAUGUUCAACCAAACUGGCAGCAGUUGUUCUUAAAUGGAUUAGAAGAUAGAGAAAAGAUUCUAUUGACGGAGUACACUUCAAUUCUUCAAAACUAUAAGGAAUUAAAGAAGAAGCUAUCUGAAGUAGAGAAGAAAAACCGAGAUAGUCAGUUUGAAACAAUGGUGCAACUAAGAGAACUAAAAACUGCUAAUGCCAUGAAGGAUGAGGAAAUCAAAUCUUUGCAUCAGAAACUAAGUUUUCUGCAAACAAGUUCUGAUAAAAACUCAAAUAUCGACCCCAACGAUUUUGAUGAUUCAAAGCUGGAAAUGCCCCAUGAUGCCAUGACAGGAGGAGCCACCUCCCAGUUUACCAAUAUUCCAACUGUGACUCCAGACCACCAGCCUACAAUUGGCAGAUCCAUUGCAACCAAAACUGCAAAAAUCCAGACGACACAAGAUGAAGAAGAUGAUGACGAUGAUGAAAUCAAAGUGAUUUUUGUUAAUGAACCUCACACUGUUUCAGCCAUUGAAGAGAAAUUCCGAAUGGACGUUGAUAAACUCUUGGAGGAGAACCUGGAGUUCUGGUUGAGGUUCAGCACAUCAUUCCAUAAGAUACAGAAGUUCCAGACCAUAAUACAGGAUCUACAAGCUGAGUUCUCAAAGUUGAAGGAAAACAAAAGAAAAGAGGGCAAUACAGAGAGGUCUCUAAAAUCAGAUGCCCGGCCUAUAUACAAACACUUGAGAGAAAUACAAACUGAAUUGACAGUCUGGUUGGAACAGAAUGCACUAUUAAAAGAUGAAUUACAGUAUAGAUUCUCAUCUCUGUGCAACAUGCAAGAAGAAAUAUCAAGAGUUUCCAAGGCAUGUUCUGAAGCUGAAGAAGUUGAGUUUACCAGCUAUCAAGCUGCCAAGUUCCAAGGGGAGGUUCUGAACAUGCAACAAGAGAACAAUAAAGUUGCAGAAGAACUGCAAGCAGGUCUAGAUCAUGUGAGAGGACUACGGUUUGAAAUUGAGAAAACUCUGUCAAAGUUGAAUGAGGAAUUUGAUCUGUCAGGAUCAAAAAACCAUCAUUCACACAUUAAGCAUACAACUAGUCGGCCUCGAGUUCCUUUGCGCUCAUUCAUUUUUGGCGACAAACCAAAAAAGCAGAAGCCAUCAAUAUUCUCAUGCAUGAAUCCAGCAUUGCGUAAACAACACAGUAAUCUGAGAACCGGACUUCCUAUAUAAAUUGAAUUUAUUCCAGGUUCUUUAUUCUACUAGUUCAUUUUAUUUUAUUCUUUGAGAGAGUAUCCUUUUUUCUUGUUUCUGAUAGUUUGAAGUUUGAAAAGUUCUAAGAUGGACGGAACUUGGAGAGUGUUUUCUUAACUGCUUUUUUUCAUAUGGGAAAUGUAAUUCUCUACUUUUAGUUGAUUUUUCUGAUGAGUAUAUGAAUCUUUUGAUC